AUGGAAACAAGAAAAUGGAUCCAGGAAUGGGCAUUUGCUAACUCGGGUGGCGAGAUCGAGAGGUUGAUCGUCGCCAUAAAUUGGGAGAGGAUUAGAAGAAUUGAAGCAAGUAAUGCUUACAAUGAUGAAUAUAAGCAGAGGAGAUUUCAGCAAAAAGUAGCUUAUGAGGAAACUAUGGUUAGAUAUCAGAAGUCAGAAAUCGGAAGCUCUCACGUGAAGAAAAAAAUCAACCGAAGAUCGCGUCCACCGUCAGAUGACAAGGAUGGUCAUAUCGAGGCGCGGCGGGCGUUUGGCGUGACCAAAGCUGGCGUAAAAUGUCUUGUUUAUGGUGGUGCCAGCACAAUCCCUUUCUUCUUCCAUCAACGGAAACCUAGCUUCAUUCCUCCCCCUCCACCUCCCCAUCAUCUCGCAGCCGCUGAGCGCUCCAGCUUCUACUCUCACCACGGCGGUGGCGUCUCCUAUGUUUCCAUGGUAGAUCUCUAUCGCUCCAGCGCUGCCAGCUGGCGUUACACCCUGCAGAUCGUGACGGGCCUUACGCCGCCGGACCAUAAAAAGAUCCCAGCGGUAUUUCUUCAGGAGCUUAUUGGGUGGGACAUGAAAGCUACGAAGCUGGCACGGCAUGUUUUGAGGCUGCUGCGGAGGGUAUGGGGGUGGAGAGGAGGGAUUGGACAAAAUGACUUGUUUGGAGGCGAGGGCGUUGGUUUGCCCGUACAAUCCACUUUUCCUGAACAGGAGGGCACUACAGGAGUAGUGGAGCACAACGAUUCGGGGUUGCUGACGCUUCUAUUGCAGGAUGAAAUUGGGGGUUUGCAGGUCAGAAAGGAGGGAGAAGAUGGGGAGUGGUGGAGGGUCGACGUGGAGCCUGUGUUUUCCUUCGGGUACUAUAUGUUCUUUGCUUUCUGA